AUGACGAUUCCAAACCACACCUUUGGCGCUGACUGCCGCCUUGCGCCGCUCGAGCCGUCCAGCAGAGACGACGACAUCCCCGCGCUCGAAGCACAGUAUUUCUACUCCUCUGCCAUUACCAUUGACGAUCCCAACUGGACUAGUGCCCCUUCCGACGUCAACGGCAGCGGCGCGGGCAAAUCCCAUCUUCGCGCCUUUGGGCGUGGCGACAAUAACGCCCUGGAGAGAGCAUGGCGGAGCUUAAUGUCCAAAAACGACCGAGCCCUGCACAAUGACCUCAAGAAGAAACCAAGGCUCGACAACGGGGACAUUCGGUGCGAUCCGUCAAAAAGAGACGACAUUGUCCGUGUUUUGGGCCAGAGACACUCCCAAUUACACCUCAAUGGGCUGAAGACGGCAGCAGCUCUGGUCCAAUCCCCGACAUUGAGAGCUGAUACAAAUAGUACUGUAUCCUGCUGCGAGCAGCUCGCCACCGACAUCACUACCGAAAUUGACCAGACGUUUUGCUCUGAAGUACGACACGCCGACCCGACGUUGCAGGUUGAUAUACUCGCACACGAUGUUACAACACUCGUCACUCGCAAGUCUUCCAAGGACAGCAGUGAUGGCAAGGCCACAACACCGACCGCAAUGGCAAUCCAUCCCAGAAGCAGUGGUGAACGUGAAGGAAUGCAGUCGCUCUCUUCGACGCCUCGCUCCGGACUCAAAAUGGCUACCAAGCAUCACAUUGACGCCGAGCACGAGCAUGAAGCUGGUGGACGGUCUAGAUCUCUAUCCCAGGCUACUAAUCGUUCAAGUCACACAACUACUGGCUCUGGGCUUACUGGACAGCCGUUUGUACGCGCUGCUGCUCGCGACGACUCACGACCACCAAGCGCACCCUCUCAACCAACCGAGGCUACUGCUGCUACUACUACUGCCAAACCAAGUACACCAAAAGGCGACAACGGGCCAAAAGAAACCAAAGUGCAGACCCUCGAACCAGAACAACAGUCGGUGCUACAGGUCACAGUGGGUGUUUCCAAGCUCCAUGUCGUCUCGUUGCCAACCCUGCAAAUGAAGCCGAUUUACUGGUCGCCUGUGAAUGAUGUUGCCGUUGUGACACGAGCAACAUGGUUUUACAGAGAUACAAUGUUGCCUGUGACCCCAGUGGUAGCCAACCAGCUCGAAGCCGGUUUCCAAGAGAUGCAGCCGUGGACCGAGACAUGGCGAGACGAAGUGAGAUGUGCCAUCGACAUUGGUCCAGAUGGCGAAGAAAAGCUAUCCCACCCUCUAUGGCCGAGCCAGAACAAAUCCCGCAAAUCGAUUAAGCAGUCAGAGCUUCCAACAAUCUCAGCUGACUUGUUCUGCUCCUCUCACUGCUCCCAAGGCGACGCAGCCGCGCAAGGCAGUAUUGAUACAAAAUCACCCCAAGAACCAAACAGGCCAUAUGCCAACUACCACGUCAUAUACAAGGAUACAAAGGACGCGUUCUUGCUCAAGCCCUCUCUUAAACCCUCUGCGUAUUAUGGAAGACGGCCGGUCUACGCCAUUGUCAAGGGCUUUGCAGUUGGUAUUCCCGUCACUCGCGGAUUUGAUCGCGAGAUUUGGGACCGUUAUCGUCUGAACAAGUUUGGCAAGAAAAAAGUAGAAGCUGAAGAAGGCGUGAGCCAAGAUUUUGCAGCCGAAGCUUCUCUAUGUACAGCUUGCGAAGUAGAACGAGAACGCGGCCAGAUUAGCGACUUGGUUCUAGUCGCCCACGGAAUCGGUCAAAAGAUUGCCGAACGAGUCGAGAGCUACCACUUUACGCACGCCAUUAAUAGUUUCCGGCGCUCUGUAAAUACGGACUUGCAUUCGCCCUCUGUGCAAAAGGUGAUGCGUGAUGGAUGCAAUGGACUCAUGAUCCUGCCGCUCAACUGGCGUAUGGGCAUCUCUAUUGAAGAAGACGACAUGCGAGAAGGCGGCGACGUCAACGCGUCCACCAAUUCGUUUGGUCUCAAAGAUAUUGAGCCGGAUACCAUCCCCGCAAUCCGCAGCAUGAUGUCAGACGUCAUGUUUGACAUUCCUUUCUACAUGUCGCAGCACAAGAACAAGAUGAUUUCGUCGCUAAUCUACGAAGCCAACCGUGUCUACCGGCUCUGGUGCGCCAAUAAUCCCGGCUUCGCCUCUAAGGGCCGCGUCCAUCUUAUUGCACACUCUCUCGGUAGCGUCAUGGCCGUUGAUAUCCUCUCCCGCCAACCGACUUAUGUCCCCGAAAUCGACCUCAAGGCACCGAGCCCCAGCUCACAGUUCCUCGAGUUUGAUACCAGCAACCUCUUCUUGCUCGGCAGUCCAGCUGGCUUCUUUAUCCUUCUAGAACGCGGUGCUCUUCUUCCCCGACGCGGCCGACUUAAGCCCGGUGCAGACCGCGCAGAUGCCGCCUCGGAGAGUGUCACUGGUGAAGCUGGCCAAUUCGGCUGCGUAGCUGUCAACAACAUCUACAACGUGCUCGCCAAGGAAGACCCCAUUGCCUAUCUUCUCAACGGCUCUGUCGACGUUGCCUACUCAUCGACCCUCAAGCCCGCCUAUGUCCCGAGCUCCGUACCCUCGCUUCUAACCAGCAUGGGUAACGCGGUGCGCCAGGUAAUUCCCGGCAUGACGCCCGCCGCUGACCCUCUUGCACAAGAACCUGAGCGCCCAUCUGCUAUCCGGCUGCCGUCGCAGUUGGAACUUGAAGUGCACAACUUCACACGCGAGGAAAUCGCCGAGAGGAAGGCAUACCUGCUCAACGACAACGGCCAGAUUGACUGGUACCUUCAGUCGGGCGGUGGUCCCCUCGAGAUGCAGUAUCUCAACAUGCUGAGUGCACACACCAGCUACUGGACAAACCCAGAUUUUAUCCGGAUGGUGUGCCUCGAGAUUGGCCGCAAGCCUGGCCGAGCAAACACGUUUCCUGUGAUGCGAGCCGCUAAAGCAGGCCGACGAGGCAAAAAGGCGACCAAGUAA